GCAAGGGGUCCAGGACCCAGAGCGCAAAGUCCUUCGGACGUACCGAUGGAUGCAGUUCCAUGGCAAGGAGGAGGUUACCGAGUUCGAUGAGUCCCACUUCCAGGCCGAAGGCCUCUUCGCGCAAAACUCCUCUCAGGGCAACAAAGAGUAUCAGGAUCGACUCCGUGCGAUCCACCUCCGCAAAGAAGGCCUUGAGAAGACUGCGAUUGCAAAGGCCCUGGGCCGAUCGGUGAAAUUCGUCGCCAAGUGGUGGCAGAAGGAGCCCAAGGAAAUUCCAAGGCCGUAUGGAGUGCACGAGUACCUCACCAAGGAGAUGGGCCGUAAUGAGCGCGGAGUCGGUGCAACAAAUGGCGCCUCCAUGACAGAGGAGUCAGUCCACGACACUGCGACAUGGUGGCGGGAUGUCGAAGUGAAACGAAAGUUCGCAAAUGACCCGGCCAUCUACGAUGAGAUCUUGCAAAACACGGAGUGGAAGGCCAGCAAUACCCGCACGCGAGAUUUCGCAACGGGUGCGUACCACUUGAAGUACGACCAGCGGGGCAACAUUCGCUGGGAAGGGCAUCAAGGAGGGAAGUACAAGCCCGGGCUAUCUCCUGCCAUGGACAAGGUCAUUCAGAGACUCUUUGUGGAGUAUGGUAUCGAGGACAGAACGUCAGGAGUGAUCACGAACUGGUACCCGGAUGGCCAAGGGAACCUGGGAAGCCACCGUCACGACUGUUGGACGGCCCUGUUUAGCUUUGGCCACGAGCGAAUCCUCACAAUCGACAACACACCCCUGCUGAUGCAAGAUGGCGACCUGUGCAUAUUUGGGACCCAGAGGCACGGAGUCCCGAUCAUGCCGGAAAUCACAGACGGCCGCAUCACCUUGGUUGUGUUCUUUUACCCCGACAAGAUGCAGAAGAAGGGCAUGUGGCAGACGAUCACAGACCCCGAGACCAUGGAGAACAGCCGUCCCCUCGGAAAGAUGCUGAGCAACCACUCGCUGAGCCUGCAAUCGGACCGGCUCAACUUGCACAUAAACCACGACAAGGAGCUCUUGGCAUUGCAGCAGCUUGGUGCCUCUCACGCAGAUGCCACUGCGGCCUGGGCCGCUAGCGGCGGGGACCUGGAACGCGCUGCAGAGUUGCUGCUCAUGGCCGGAUCCGGGGCUUUUGUCGAAGACCAUGGAGCCAACGCUGCAAUGCCCCUGCCCGAGCCAGCGAAGCGAGGAAACCGUUUUCAGCGUGCGAGUGCUGAGACUGUUGCCGUCGAGAUGUCUGACGAAGGCAGCCUCCCCUCGACAGCCGCCGGAUCUGCACCGUCUGCGGAUGCUGAGGAUGAGAUCCUCGCGCGGCGACUGCAAGCCGAGGAGGAAGAGGCGACGCUCCCGGGCUCUACAGAGAUGUCCGAGAGCGAGUUGGCUGCGCUGGCCUUGCACCUCGAGGAGGUCGAGAAUGCCAACAGCUUCCUGGACCCGUCGCUCCUAGCAGCGCAGUUCCAGGAAUACGAGGCGAAGCGGGGGCCCCAAACAUCGGCGCAAAGGGG